UACACAGCACUAUUCAGUCGUAAGAGCGCUUGACGGAGAACACACAUUUAGUUCUAAAAGAAUCGACAAUAAGUAUUUCGUUGACGAAAUUGAUUUCCAAUUAGUAAUUUUGUUAUUUGACCAUAUUCAUUUUCGGAAUAAAAAAUAUUAUAUCACCAUGGCCGAAGUAAAUGUGUCUGUAUCUGUGCCAAAAGUAAAUUUCAACUUCAAAAUAGCAAACAUUAGCAAACUUAAGCAAAUUUUUUCACCGGAAUUUUUGGUUCAAGGCGUACCAUGGAAUGUAAAAGUUGUCAAAAAUGCCAGUGCUGCAGUUGAUAGGCUUGGUAUUUAUUUGUACUGUCAAAAGAAAGAAAUACUGGAAAAUUGGUCACAUGCUGCAUUUGCAUCAUUCAAACUAUUAUCGUCUAAGGAUGAAGUGAAUCCAGUUGAACGCACUAUUGAAGCUUAUGCUUUUGACAACAGCGGAUUGGGUUAUGGUUUUCCGAAUUUUAUUAAAUGGAAUGAUUUAUUGAACGUCGAGAAGGGUUAUGUUAAAGACGAUGCAAUCACUUUGGAAAUCGAAAUUGUAGCCGAAACAAGUGAUGAAAACAAGAGUCGAUUAACUUUUGAAAAUAUUGAAAAGAGUUGUGAUGAAAAUUGCCUGGUUUUGUAUCGACUAACGAUCGCCAAUGUCAAGAAUCUAAUGGCUGUUGCAUCGACGAAAUUCAACCUUCGCAAAUUAUCAUGCCACUUGCAAGUAUACAAAAGUCAAUCGUCAGAUCUCAAAAUUCGCUUGAGUUCAAAUUCGGAUGCCGAUGAAAUAUCGUACAAAUCAAAAAUAUUGUUCACAUUGGUAUCUUCAAAAGAUGGAAAGGCCAUCGAAAAAGUUGAAAACAGGUGUCUUACGUCAAGUUGGUUAUUAAUUAAUCUUGUAUCGUGGGAUGAAUUGUUGAAGCCUGAAAAUGGAUUUGUAAACGAUAAUUCGAUUAUCAUUGAAAUGAAAAUCAAACCUGCUGGCAUUUUCGAUGAUGGUGACGACGAUGAAAAACAACGGAAAAUAGAAUGUUCUAUCUGCUUCGAAACUAUUGGUGACCAAGCAGUUUCCUCAACGAAAUGCGGCCAUUUGUUCUGUACGGAAUGUAUCACGACAUCUGUGACAGCUCGAAAAGUGUGCCCAACAUGCAAUGAUGCCAUUGCUCUGGAAGAUUUGCAUCCAGUUUUUUUGCCAUUUGUCAACUAGAUUCAGUGAUGGAUACAGCACGAUCAAAUGCUGAGACGUAAUCAAAACUAGGAAAACAGUCAUGAACUUCAAUUCAAUUCAAAAAAUUUGCGUCAAGUUCAACACAAAUCAAAUGUUUCGCCUAUUUCAUUCUUAUUUUUACUCAAUCGCAUACAUUUAAGCAAAUUUAAUUUCAAACUUUCAUUCUAAUCGAGUAUAUCUAUAUUUAAAAGCAUAAAUAAUUUCGUUACGAAUAUAGACGUUUAGUUCGUAUGACAACAAUACCAUGUAACACAAUUACAAUUCCUUCACAAGAAUUCCAAAUAAAAAAUCUAUUAGCGACUUAAGCUGAUUCGAAAAUUAUACGGAA